CAAUUGGUCAAAAUUAUUAAUAAAAAAAUUAAUAAAUUUAGAUUCAGAAACAUUCAAACACUUUAAGAAGUGGCAAAUGAUCAAACGCUCUGCUGCUUCCGCAGCCGCCGCUGCUGUCGCAUCUGCUUCUUCCCUUCGUCCGCCGUUUUUCACCCAAAUCCAACAUCACAAUCAACAGUACGUCAACGAUCUCAUCAGCAGCCUCUGCAAGCAGUAUCGCUUCCGCGACGCCCUCGGCGCCUUCUACUCUCUCCCUCCUCACCUCCACCUCUUCCCCUCGACCUACGCCACCCUCUUCCUCGCAUGCUCGGACCUCCGCUCCCUCGCCGAUGUCCGACGCCUCCAUCGCCACCUCGUCGCCUCCCCCUGCCUCCCCGACACCAUCCUCCACAAUCACAUCCUCAACGCCUACGGUAAAUGCGGCGCUCCCGACGAUGCCCGCCGCCUGUUCGACGAAAUGCCGAACAGGAAUCGCGUCUCUUGGACCUCCAUCAUCUCUGGUUGCUCGCAGAACAGCCGCGACCUCGACGCCGUGGUGCUCUAUCUCGGCAUGCUCCGCUCGGGGUUGCACCCCGAUCACUUCGCGCUGGGAAACGUCGUCAGAGCAUGCUCCGGCCUGGCCGACGUCCAACUGGGAAGGCAGCUCCACUGCCACGCAGUGAAAUCGAACUGCGGUGGAGAUAAGCUCGUACAGAAUGCUCUUGUCACCAUGUAUGCGAGGUUGGAUAGGAUCGAUGAUGCAGCUUUAGUGUUUGAAUCAAUUAAAGAGAAAGAUCCAGUUUCAUGGGGGUCGAUGAUUGCUGCCUUUGCUCAGCAGGGUUAUGAGAUGGAAGCUCUGCAUCUUUUCAGAGAGAUGAUCUGUUCAGGUAUUCAUUACCCCAAUGAAUUCCAUUUUGGCAGUGCAUUUAGUGCUUGCGGAAAUAUCAAAAAUUUGCAGUAUGGUGAGCAAAUGCAUGGCAUUUGCUACAAGUUUGGGUAUGAAAGGAAUGAAUUUGCUGGAUCUUCACUGAGUGAAAUGUAUGCUCAAUGUGGAUUGUUAGAUCGCACAAAGAAGGUGUUUAAUGAGAUAAAAAUGCCUGAUCUAGUUUCAUGGAAUUCUAUACUGAGUGCAUGCUCUUCUCUAGGUCUAUCUGAUGAAGCAUUUCAGUUGUUCUCCGAGAUGAGAGAUAUUGGUGUAGAACCCGAUGAUAUCACCAUUCGAUGUUUGCUUUGUGCUUGUACAGACUGUGAUUCUUUACUGAAAGGAGAAAUGAUCCAUUCUCAUGCAGUGAAAUUGGGUUGGGAUGAAAAUAUUGCUGUUUUCAAUUCUCUCCUUAUGAUGCACUCAAAGUGUUCAGGUUUGUCAACAGCAAUCAAACUUUUUGAAGAGAUGAAGGAUCGAGAUCGUGUUUCUUGGAAUACAAUUCUUUCUGCAUGCUUGCAACACCAGCAAUCAAAAGAAGUCUUCUCAUUUAUAAAUCUCAUGCAAAAUUCAGAGUUCAAAUUUGACCAGAUUACGUUGAACGCUAUACUCAAUGCUUGCGCCGACUUGGCUUAUUUAGAUAUGGGCAGUCAGGUUCAUGCCUAUGCGCUGAAAGUUGGACUGGAAUUUGACACAAUGGUACGCAAUGCUAUAAUUGAUACCUAUGCAAAAUGUGGUAGCUUAGAAGAUGCAAGAAAGUUAUUUGAUUUGGUAGGUGAUAGAAAUGAUGUAUUCUCUUGGAGUAGUUUGAUUCUUGGGUAUGCUCAAUAUGGGCAUGCAAAAGAAUCUCUUGAGUUGUUUUGGCAUAUGCAAAGUUUGGGUCUCAAACCAAAUCACGUUACCUAUGUCAGUGUCCUUACAGCUUGUAGUCAUGUCGGUCUAAUAGAUCAAGGACUACGUUACUUUAAUAUGAUGGAAAUUGUACAUGGAAUUGAGCCUACAAAAGAACAUUGUUCAUGUGUCAUCGAUAUGCUUGCUCGCGCUGGAAGAUUAAAUGAUGCAGAAAAGUUCAUCAAUCAAAUGCCUUUUAAACCAGAUGUCAUUAUGUGGAAGACUAUCCUAGCUGCUUGUAGGAUACAUGGUAAUGCAGAAAUUGGAAGAAAUGCUGCAGAAAGCAUAUUGAGGAUUGAUCCACAAAAUUCUGGAGCUUAUGCCUUAUUAUGCAGCAUCUAUUCUUCGUCUGGAAGUUGGGAUGACGUUGCAAGGUUAAGGAAGGUGAUGAAAAGCAACAGCGUUAAGAAAUUGCCUGGUAAGAGUUGGAUUAAGCUGAAGGGAGAUGUACAUUCUUUCAUAGCAGAAGAUACUUCACACCAACAAUCAGAAGGCAUAUAUCAAAUGUUAGAGCUGUUGGGAUUAGAGAUGGUUGAUUACAACUUUGAUCUUGGACAACUAAAUCUGCAUGAUUAGAUUAAAGCACUCAACGAAGAAAACAUUUUACCAAUGAUUUUCUGCGGGAAAUUGCAUUUAGACAUGAUGCACCGUAUAACUCAAACCAUACAACGUUUGCAGUAGCAUCAGGCACUGCAGGUUAUUGCACGAUUUGUGUAAUCAUUCGGAUAACCGGGAUAUCCUCAGAAUGAAUGCCAUUGCAAUUGCAGCUACAUUAACAGCGGUUUGCUGAUUUGUCAUCAAGUUCAUAAAAUGUGGCACCAGACAGUGGAUUAGGACAUCAAUGAGAUGAAAGAUUUACUUUGUCCAAAUACUUCAAUAUUUCUCCACAUAACUUUAUGACUGGGAUUCUGUAUUUAGUGAUGAGUUCAUGUUGAAGAUCACUUUGGUGUUUGAUGAUGUUUUGUUCAGUCUGUAAUUGAAGAUGGAAAAAUUGGAGAAACCAACGCUGAAGUUGGAUUACAAUGGGUGGAUUGCGAUAAAGAUAGCAAUGAGGUAAAUCAAAAAGUCCGUCGGCCUACUGGAGGAAUUUUCUAUGAUGCAUCACAACUGAAAUUCAAUCCUUAAUUAUAUGCUCAGAAGGCCUAACCGUUAUCGCAUAAGUUAAUACAUAUCUUUUGGGGUGGAAGUAACAAUCCCACAAUAGCAAUGGAACUUUUUCCGACCACAAGCACAAGUUUUAACACUUGUACAAUGCUCGUUAAAUUUUUUUUUUUUUUGUUUGGGGAUCAUAAUGUCAUUAUCAGACAGUAAAUAC